AUGCAGGAAGAGGCCCGCAAUACUGAAUUCCAUCCCCGAUCCUGGGCGCACAGCAAGCUUAGACAUAAGGCCGUUAAAUUCGUGAGCGCAGGGCAUCUGCAAGGAAGUAACAACGAGGCCGAUAAGGAAACCGAUAAGACAAACUCUCCGACAGAGACCGAGAAAGAGGCGACCGAGCUUGAAACAAAAGAUUCAUCGGAACCAGAGGAGGAUGAUGGAGACGAUUUCUUUGUUUUGGACUCUAAAGGAGCAGAUGUCGAACCUACAGGACUUCCGAACCCCGUCGCAUACGUUGAUACUACGGAUAGCGAGUCCAGUGAAGAUGAAGUCGUCUUCACUGGCCGACAGAACAGCCGGAAGCCAGUCAUCAUCGAGACAGACGCGGUUGAGCUCCAAUUCUACUUGCAAACACUCUCGAAACCGCAGCCUCUGGCUGACUCUACCCAUCACUCCUCUACCACACACCAUCAUACACCGAAACAAAGCUAUUCAUCGGAGGAGGAUCUUGGCACACCAGAAGAUAGCAACUCAGGCAUAGGUCAAGAAUCCAAUACAGAAGAACUCUUGCAAGCACAAGUCGAAGCUGGGGUCGGGAUUGAGGUCGCAGGGCUGGAGGAGGAGAUGCAAAGUCAUUCUAUGGAAGAGGCGGAAGUUCAAGGUUCAAUCGACGGUAAGGUGUCCCACCGGCUGCUCUCCAAAAUCCAUUUGGAUACCGAAGCCAAUUCGUCCUCAAGCUCGGACGAUGAUGAUAUGGACAUGAGCUUAUCUGAUGAAUCCGAGGAUGAUGAUUUGGACGAUAUGGAUGACGAGGGUCUACUUGAAGAACUGGCCAUGAGCUACAGAAAUCAAGAACGAGACGCUGGGAGCGGUGCUUUCCCAUCAGCAACAGCAUUCGCGGAUGCGCUUGACAAAGAUCCCUACUACGGUCUUGACAUUAUGGACUUCGACCGACCGAGUCUGCAAAAGAAAUCCAAGAGCAAGAGAGCACCCCAACUUCAGGAUCUCUUGCUCUCGGACAGCGACCUAGAAUCCUAUCUAGAAGGGGUCUGGCAAAAGGACCGCACCAAAAAGAAGGCCAGGAAACAGGAACGAGAAGAGCUGCGCGCUCAAGGUUUAUUGGGUAGAAAGCCAGGAGAUGCUGACCUCGCCGUUAAAUAUGAUAAGGGGAUGAACCUGGAAGAGUUGAUCUCCGAGAUCAGGACAUUCCUUCUUUCUUCCAAAACCAGUCUCUCUCUACCACCAAUGACAAAACAUCGACGAAAGACGAUCCACGAAAUGGUGGGCAAAGUGCCGUUGAAAUCGCAGUCUCGUGGUAAUGGUCCAUCUCGAUUCCCUGUUCUCAUCAAAACAUCUCGUACACCCCAGUACACACGCAAGACCAUCUCCCAGUUCGAUAAUCUCUUUUCUUCAAAGAAGUUCAAUCGUCGGAUCUUCCAAUCCUGGGGUCCGGAUACACACAAAACAGCCAAGCCCAAGCGGGGAGGCGGAGGCGUCACUGCUGGAGUGUCAUACAUGGAUGGUGAUGUGGUAGGUGGAUCGGCACCUGAAAUUGGUGCUGGAAACAGAGGACGAGCCAUGCUGGAGAAGAUGGGUUGGAGCAGUGGAACGGCUCUGGGUGCCAUGAAUAACAAGGGAAUUCUUCAACCUGUCACGCAUGUGGUCAAGAACUCACGCACGGGUCUUGGCUAA